GCCUAAAUAGCGUUAAGAAUGGCAAAACUGGGAGUUGUGUUGCUUUCAGUGCUUUUGCUAACAUUUCUUACGGAUAUUAAUGCCGCGAAUAGAGACCAUAACGACUAUGUGAAGAAUCCGCACCCAAUCGUGUGUUACUUCGGCAGUUGGGCCCACUAUCACGUGGAGGAGCCCUUCGAGAUCGAGGACAUUAACUAUGAUCUCUGCACUCAUAUUAACUAUGGAUUCGCCAAAAUCGAUGAAAUUGAUUACGACAUCCGGAUGUUUGAUCCGUGGCAGGACGAGCACUUCGAGGGCUAUAAGAGAUUGGUUAACCUGAAGAAGAAGAACCCCAACCUAACGACAAUGAUAUCAUUGGGCGGAUGGUAUGAGGGCUCAGAGAAGUACUCAGAUAUGGUCACCAAUACCGAGAGUAGACAAAAGUUUGUCAAAAGUGUGGUCACAUUUCUGGAUAAAUACAAUUUCGAUGGCCUCGACUUGGACUGGGAGUACCCGGGCAACAGAGGGGGCGCC